AUCUCUUCCCAAGGUUAUCUCAAGGCCAAUUCGACUUUGAAUCUGAACAUGGAGGGUCAUGAAGGGUCCUUUUCAGUGGCCAGUAGGUAAAGAUGCCUUGUUAGCUAUGAAUUCCCAGGUCAGUGGUUCCUGUUCUUGUUUUCUUUUCUUAAAUCUAUUCUGUGGACUCAAAACCAGCUGGAGACUUUGUAGAGGUUCAAUUCCAACCUAAACACUAGAUUUGUGGAGAACAGUAACAUGCCAUGAGUUCCCUCAGAUCAAGAACAUCCAUUCAUAUGAUCACUGAUGUUCCCAUUGUGUUCAAAACAUUCUUUAAGUUACUUCUAGUGAGAAAAACCCUGGAUGAUUAACCUUAAAAUCUUUCUGGUUCUGUGUCUAGGUAAGUUCUGGGUGGAAGAACAGAAUAUGUUUUUUGUUACCUAUGAGCUAUGAAAUGUAAAAAGGGUCCACAUAGGUUUCCAGAAGAUUGUGGCAGAAAAAUGAUUGGUGUGGCUGGCAUUUCUUGAAAGGAUCAAGUCAACCACCUAGAAUUUACAGCAGUGUUGGCCUCCUGAAGGUAGGUCUACAUAGCUGAUUGACACAACCAGGAACACUUGAUUCAUGGACACCCAUCCAAUUAGGUCUCAUAAACUGCCAGUAGUGAGCAAACUGUCCUUUCUGACCCACACUGAUUUAUUGUAAAGGUUUCAUGUCUCAUGACUCUCAUCUGGCAUUUUCUAAAUCAUUUAGGGUGAAAACUCUGGUCUUGAGAAAAAGUUUCAGUGCUUAUCAUAAGGGAUUGGUUUUAUUCUCCUGCCAAAGAGGAAAUUAAAUUCUCAUAUAUGGUUUCUGAAAUCUCUGAAGCAUUACUUUCAGAAGAUCUGAACAGCUGUAAGGUUACUCUUUUUAAGUCUCGAAAUUUUAGAGGUAAGAUCGGAGCUGCAAUUUUUGAGUCUUUUGGAUGACAAGAGAAAUCAAAAUGUCAUAUGGGUUAUAAAAUUUGUUUGUCUUUCUGAAAUCUCUGAACAGAGAAUUGUUUUACUAGGUGUUACCAAGCAGCUUUCUUGAAACAGAGAACAGAGACACCCAAUGGUCCCCUGUGCUUUGGAUCCAGCUCAUGUGGUUCUCCCAAGGUUAUAAAUCUGAUACAGUAGAUCUGUUUUGGAUUGCUAAAUCCUGUGGGUGACAUUAAAUGUUGUUAGAUCUGGACAUUGGCUGUGAUGCAUGAUAGAUUAAAUCGAAUCCAGACCGCCCAUUGGCUGUGUUGCAUGUUAGAUCUGGACAUUGACGAUGAUCCAUAAUUCCACUUCAGUAAGUCCAUCAGUUCAUCUAUCAUGCAAGGAGUUUUCUAAGGGUGGAUUAGUCCUAUAGUUGGGUUCGUGGAUAAUCCGACCUAAGAUUUCGGGUGUAUAUCCUCGUUUCGGAUCCAGAACACCAAUCCCCGAAUCCGAUCUAAAAUUUCGGAUCCGGAUUGUUGUUUGACCAAAGCAUCCGCAUCGCCGUUUGACCAAAUCCCUUCUCUCCACUCUCCACGUGGCACGCUUGUUUCCCUCCACGACUCUCACACGUGUCUCUCCAUGAGCAGAACCAACUCGUUUAUAUCGAACACUCGCGCCUUACUCGUUUCUUUGAAGCGUCUCUCAUGGCCUCUCAAACGCUCAAACACCGGCCCAAGGAGGAGCCGACGACGACAGCGACGACCACCGCCACGCCUUCCACCACCAGUCACAAGUACCGGAAGGACCAGAAGCUGGCCAUGGCCAAGCGCGGCCUCCGCUCGCUGGCCGUGGCGGUGGCCAUCCCCGCGGUCGGCACCGCCGCCUCCAUCUCGAUCGCCGGCGCCACCCUGGCGUCCACGAAGCCAUCGUGGAGCCCGCCGGUGUGGGCCUUCCACCUGGGCUCCCUCCUGAUGUCCGCGCUGUUGGGCUUCUCGUCGUGGCUAGUGUGGGCGGAGGGCGGCUUCCACGGCCGCAGCGAGGCCCUUCCGCUGUACCUCUCGGAGCUCUUCAUGUCCCUUAUGUGGGCGCCGCUCGUCUUCGGCGCCGGGUUCCCCAGGCCGGGCAUGGCGGUCUGCGUCGCCCACUUCGCCGUCCUCUUCAUGCUCUCUCAGAGCUACCGUCAGGUGAACCCCAUAGCCGCCGAUCUCAUCAAGCCUUACCUAGCAUGGGUCUCCUUCCUCGCGGUCUUCAACUACAAGCUCCUGUGAAGCUUCGAAGCUGUCUGUGUAUGUAACCACGACCUGUAGCAUGAGCAUGAGUUGUAGCUUUUGGUUCUUGUCUGUGUUCUCCCCGAACUCGAUCGAAUCUACACAAUAACAUUAUAGAAGAUGGAUCACAAGCUGCGACAGGUUGGAUCUCACUCUGUUGCAUGCCCAUGCAUACAUGACAAGGGCUCCUCUAAGUUGCCUUCAUCGUAUGUAUAUAAAAUGCAUAAGGUUAAUGUUGGAUAUGUCAUAUAUAAAAUGUAUCAGUCGAAGUA